AUGUACGAAGAAAAGGACGCGAUUAUCAAGUACGACGAUGGGCGAUGCGACAAGGCGACCAAGGGCGACAAACGCUCACGGGCCGCCGACGCUCGCUGGCACUGGCGGACCACGGGCCUUUCUCCAAAAAUGGCCCAGGCACGCAACGAAGUGGAAGUCUGCACACGCGAAGCAAGAGCUUCUGUGGUCUGUGCGCGUGGCAAGUGA